CUUGUUACGAGCGGGGAUGGUAAAAUUCCAAAUGAUCAGGUUGCGCUGACACAGGUCAUACGGAAACUGAAUAGUAUUGAGUUAUUCAUUAGAGUUAUGAAAGUUUUAUCGGAUGACCUUGACAAAAAUGAUUUAAUUCACGUGUAAGACUAAUGAACGGCAUUUUAUAAGAGGGGUUACCCUAGAAUUGAUAGAUAAAUCAACCUUAAAGGUUCAUCGUUACAUGGAUUCUGGGUAUUCCCUCCUCUUAUUUAAGUAUAACCAUGAAUUUUAGUUACCUGGUGAUGCACCGGUCUCUUCGUGCAUUCUAGCACGAACUAUCAAAAGGUCGCGGGUGUUUCAUAAAUAAUUUGAAACUAACCGUUCAUCAGAUGAUAUGGCUGCUGAAACUAGGGGUUCGUCUACUAGUUUGCAAGACUUACGCAAUGGCUGCUGGAAGAAGCUUCAGGAACGACAAGAGCUCGAAACGGACGAGUUCGGAAAGGCAAAACGUAUAUGGCUGCUGAGUCUAAAACGGCCACAUAUGAGAGCAUUCCAUUUCUCAUGGUUUGGAUUUUUCAUAGCAUUUCUAGCGUGGUUUUGCAUUCAACCCCUUCUCCCGCAUAUCAAAAAGGAUUUAGGACUAACGAAAGAGGAUCUCGCUAAUUCCGGAAUAUCCGGUGUUGCAGCAGUCAUAAUUGUCAGGAUAGCUGCAGGGCCGUUUUGUGAUCGUUAUGGAGCACGACGAACUAUGGUUGUUCUCCUAUGUAUCGGUGCUAUUCCAGUCGGCCUCGCAGCAUUCGUCACCAACGGCAAUGGGCUCGUCAUCGUACGCCUAUUCAUUGGGAUCCUAGGUGGGGUGUUCGUGCCGUGCCAAAUGUGGACAAUGAGCAUGUUUAGUUCGAAUGUUGUCGGCACGGCUAACGCUCUUGUCGCUGGUUGGGGUAAUCUGGGUGGUGGUGUGGCGUUUCUGUUAAUGUCAGCACUAUACGAACUGAUACGCCUCGGUGCGGAUGAAUCAUCAGCAUGGAAGAUUACACUUAGUAUCCCAGUAUUCAUUGUGCUAAUGUUGGCAUUGCCCUAUUGGUUCUUGGCUGAUGACUGCCCCCAAGGACCCUGGUAUCUGAGGGCCUCCCCGAUGAUAAAUAUUGAAGCUGUGAUUAACCCCAGGAUUGAAUGUGACACACCUGGCAGUGAAACAGGCAGAGGAAACCUUGCAUAUAUAUCUGGCAGCAUAACUGAUAUAGAGUCCCAGCGUUCCAUAGGGGAUUAUACAUCAACGUCUAUUAGAACAAUAAGUGAUACAAACCAUGACAGUGGCAUUGACAAUUCCAUCGAGACUAGCAGUAACUUUGUCAUUAACCGGAGGUCCGUAUCCAGUGCAAGCUCAAAUAUAUCUCGGAGUUGGCGUUCCUUUCACAUGCCUGACGAUCAGAAUGGGGCAUGGAGAAGCCACGUUGGAUUUAGGAUUUUUGGCAUUUUGAUUCUUUUGAUACAAUAUGGGGCUUGUUUUGGUAUUGAAAUAUCGGUUAAUACUAUACUGAAUAUAUACCUCCUGGAAAAAUUCAAAGUCGAUGGUUGCAAUAGUAGUACUGUGGCCUCAUCGACAAAUGAAAGUAGUUCUAUAGAUCAAAGCUACGCUUGUAGCGUUCUUAAUCCCACAACCGCAAGCCUCAUCACUUCCAUCUUUGGCCUCAUGAAUCUGUUCGCUCGCUUAUUCGGGGGACUAUUUUCUGACAUUUUUAACAAACGAUAUGGAAUUUCAGGAAGAAUUAUGACUCAUUGUGUUGCUCAAUUUUUGGCAGGUUUACUUAUGAUUGUAUUUGGGGCCAUGACUACUCUACCCACAGCUAUAAGUACUUUGAUCAUAUGGAGUUUGUUUGUUCAAAUAACAGAGGGCACCACAUUCAGUUUGGUCCCCUUUGUUUGGCCAAUCAGAGUUGGUCUCGUUGCGGGAACUGUUGCCGCGGGAGGAAAUUUAGGAGGUAUAUGUUGGAACAUUCUGUGGCGCAAUAGCCUUGAUGACAUGCAGUCCUAUUUUACAUUGAUUGGUAUCUUCACAAUUGUUGCAGCAUUCCUCUCAGUCUUCCUGAUCAUCGAUAGGCAACAUAUGUUAGACCCUCUAUGUAGGUUUCUAACACGGAAGGACAAACCGGAAAACACCUACAAUAGCUCGGAAAGGCGUCCACGAGAAAUUCCAACAUGGCAUUCACGAGAAACGUUACAGUCUAUUUUGACACUCCAAGAGAGUAAUGUUUAGUUUUUAAAUACACUUCUUCAAUUCGUUAAUUUAUCAGCCAUUGUUACGAAUGCCUUUCCUCCACUUAGGUCUGUUUACGAUAGGAG